GAAAUAGAAUUGUAAAUUUCCCUAUUUCAUUGGCACCACAACCAGACUCUUCCCCCUUUCCUAUCCUUGACGGCAAGAAAGAUUAGAUCAAAACCCUAAUUGUUACUCUCAUGUUCUCCCCCGGUACUAGCAUUCAUUCAUGAUUCAGCGAGUCGCUUUCUCUCAUUGGCAAACGUGAUUUUCCAAAAAUCAUGGCCCUCUUUGCUUCUGGAUCUAAUUUCCGACCUUGUCGUCGCCUCUCACAAUAGCUAACGUCUCCAUUAAUGGUGUUCUGGGUGCGACAAACUCAAGAAGUCAGCUAAUGCAACUUCAGGUUGAUUUCAACACCAAAACCAUUUCGAUCUCCUCCUUGUCGUUGGGGUAACAUCCGUAGAAGUCCAGUCACUAAGGGAGAUUGCUUGGAUUCAUUGAAACAGAUAAUCCCUGACCGGUCUCAUGGACACUUUCUCUUUCUAGGAACAGAUAAGGAAAGGUAAAAUUACGUGAGCCGUUCCUAUGCAGAAAUUUAUACUCUGUCUUUCCAUCAGGAGGACCACCUAGCAACUGUCACUGAAAUCAAAACGGUCAACUGAAAAGGGCCAGUAGAAUCUUCAACACCUUUGGCCAACAUUCAAAUCGGAAGAAUCUUAGGUGUCAAUUCUCAAUUGGACCGCGCGGAAAAUCUGAACAAAACGGUUGUAGGGAAUCACAACUAUACCAUGUGCUUCCCUCCCCUUGAGCACACAACAACGUAUGAUGAGCUCACUAGAGAAACAGAGCAAGAGUCCACAUUCAGAAACUCUUUCCGCCAUCUAUCUAUCUAUAAAUGCCCACGAAGUGUUCGCUUUGGUUUCUAUCUUUGUUCGUUUCUUCUUCUUGAACGUUCUUUCUCUCUGUGAAGCUCUUCAAAAAUGGCGUCUCAAGCCAGCCUCCUCCUUCAAAAACAGCUUAAAGAUCUUUGUAAAAACCCAGUUGAAGGGUUCUCUGCUGGGUUGGUUGAUGAGAAUAAUAUCUUUGAAUGGAACGUUACCAUUAUUGGACCCCCUGAUACGCUUUAGAGGAUGUUUUCAUGCCGUUAUGAGCUUUCCACCCGAUUAUCCAAACAGCCCUCCAACAGUGAAGUUUACCUCAUCGAUAUGGCAUCCUAACGUUCAUCCUAAUGGCUUCGUUUGCAUAUCAAUCCUUCAUCCACCGGGUGAUGAUCCAAAUGGCUAUGAGCUUGCUAGCGAGCGCUGGAUGCCUGUCCAUACAGUUGAAAGCAUAGUGUUGAGUAUAAUAUCAAUGCUUUCCAGUCCAAAUGAUGAAUCUCCUGCAAAUGUUGAAGCUGCAAAGGAAUGGAGAGAAAAUAGAGAGGAGUUCAAGAGAAAAGUUAGCGGCUGCGUGAGAAAAUCACAAGAAAUGUGAUGAUCCCUCAUUGCUCUUGUAUACCAAGGAAUGGCUUAUAGUAGAACACAUUUGAAAUUCCCACAAAAUCUCUUCAUCUGUCUGUCCUUUGAAUGGUCAUUCUUAUAACUCCAGAUCAAAACUGUACUAUAAAACAUUUUGGUUAGUCUUCUUGUGGAUCCAUAUUUCAUGUUGCUAGCUAGGUGAGUGAUUAUCACUCACUCAUAAGAAGAUUUUGGGCUCAGUCAAAGUGCUUCUUUUUUACACAUCUCUACUCCCCAGAGGUUUAUGCUUUUUAAUUGCUUCAUAUCUUAUGUAGGAUGGUCUAGCAUAAAAUGGCCCACUAAUUGUGAUUGACUAGUCUGGAUUGAUGGAAAAACCUUAU